UACAUACCUCAUAUUUUUAUAAUAAAAAUAGAGCAUUAUUAUCCAAAAAGCCGUCUAUUUUACCCAUACGCCAGGUCAUAUUACAUACUGAUUGAUGUGCAAAUUGUCUUGUCUGAAAUGAUGUACAAAGCAAUAGAUUUGUCUAGACUGGGAUCAUUUUCGGUUGAAAUCUUGUGUCAAGGCUUCUAAAGCAAUAUUUAUUGGUACACACAUUAGGAUCCCCAGCUAACCUCAUUCCACAUUUCCCACUGAACUUUCCAAAAUAGAUUUUAUUCUUAUCAAUUACGUUCGGAGUACAUCAGUAGUUAGGCCGCUUGUGCGACUUCAUGAUAAGAGACAGUAUUCAAUGGAUGACCUUAUUCCAAAAAUGACGAUAACGCCGCUUACAUAAGGUGGGCCGAUCAUACAUAUCUGUCAAGGUCAUUUACAGUGGAAGUAUUAAGACCCCAGCACACUAUCUUUUCUUUUGUUUCGAAACAAGCCCCGCAUUGUCUCCCAUCAGUCCGAAAGCAACCAUCUUGCAAUCAUGAAAUUCCUGGCGGCUGUCACUAUUGCCAUCGUGCUGGAAGUCUGCAAUGCCCACAUGUGUAUGCUGAGUCCACCCCAGAGAGGUUCCAUGAUCGGGAUCAACAAGGCUGGGGCCAAUGACUGUAUACUGACCACUGCAAGGUGUGGUGGCCGGCCAGCGGGACAUCCCGUCAUGGGGCUGAAGAUUGGAUCCAACUUCACCGUGACGUUCCAGAAGAACCUUGACCACUACGACAAGGCCACUCCAGGGGCAUUCCACGUUUCUAUUGGCCAGGAGAGACAGGGCACACAAAUGAAAGUUCUGACCACUGUUCCGGAUGCUGGGGAGCCGUCCUUGACCCUUUACUCCGUCAACGUCACCAUCCCAUCAGACCUCGUCUCCAGGCAAAUUUACGUGCUACAAACAUCUUACGUCACAAACAACAAAGCGGCACCUGCCGUCUUCUACCAGUGUGCUGACGUCAUCAUGGAAGGGCAAGCCUGACCCAAAUGAUCGUCCUUCCGAUCUACGUGAACUACGUAAUUCGGUGAUUUGUGGCUUUGGAGAAUACUAAAGGACAUUCCUUAUUUGAUCAUGUGAGGUAUUAUAGCUACGCCGUUUUGAUACUUCAUCCUAUUUUAUAGACAGACUAACGAAUUAUUACACAUUUUUUGUAUAACACAGCUGUUGAGACUAAAUUCUUACAAUAUCUGCUGAA